CGGCCCCACCCGCGACAUGAGGGAAAAGGGCCGCAGGAAGAAGGGCAGGACCUGGGCGGAGGCCGCCAAGACGGUCCUAGAAAAAUACCCCAACACCCCGAUGAGCCAUAAAGAAAUUCUUCAAGUUAUCCAGAGAGAAGGGCUGAAAGAGAUCAGAAGUGGGACAUCUCCUCUUGCAUGCCUGAAUGCAAUGCUGCACACAAAUUCCAGAGGAGAAGAGGGCAUUUUCUAUAAGGUCCCAGGUAGAAUGGGAGUGUAUACGUUGAAGAAAGACGUUCCAGAUGGGUUGAAAGAGCUGUCAGCAGGUUCUGAAGAAAGCAGCGAUGGGCAGUCGGACACCCAGAGCUCUGAGAACAGCACCAGCAGCAGCAGCGACGGUGGGAGCAACAAAGAGGGGAAAAAGAGCAGGUGGAAAAAGAAAGUAUCGUCUAGACUGUCACAGCCAUCCUCACCUCAGUCAGGCUGUCCAUCUCCCUCCAUUCCAGCGAGUAAAGUCAUCUCUCCAUCCCAGAAGCACAGCAAGAAGGCACUAAAACAGGCCUUAAAGCAGCAGCAACAGAAAAAGCAACAGCAACAAUGCAGAGCCAGCAUGCCCAUCUCCUCUAACCAGCACCUCCUGCUGAAGACUGUCAAAGCAGCCAGUGAUCCUUUGCCUGCUAAACCUACAGCGUGGGAAGGGAAGCUGUCAGAUGGACAUUCAAGCAGCCCCCAGAAUUCCAGUUCCAGCGCCUGUUCCUUAGUUAAAGCAGAUAAUCCCUUGGCUGCCCUGGGGAAGAAGCCCUUCCAACGUUCUGACAGGCUCCACAACAGGCAGUUGAAACGGGCUAAGUGUGCUGAAAUUGACGUUGAGACUCCAGACUCCAUCCUGGUUAAUACCAAUCUGCGGGCGCUGAUCAACAAGCAUACGUUUUCGGUCCUUCCUGGUGACUGUCAGCAGAGACUGUUACUACUGCUCCCCGAAGUAGACAGACAGGUUGGUGCCGACGGUUUGAUGAAGCUCAGUGGCUCGGCUCUUAACAAUGAGUUCUUCACCUCAGCCUCCCAGAGUUGGAAGGAAAGGCUUUCAGAAGGUGAGUUCACACCUGAGAUACAACUAAGAAUUCGGCAGGAGCUAGAGAAGGAGAAAAAGGUGGAGCUGUGGAAGGAACAAUUCUUUGAAAGUUACUAUGGUCAAAGUUCCGGCCUGAGCCUCGAGGACUCCAGGAAACUGACGGCUUCGGUCAGCGACCCAGAAGCAAGAAAGCCUCUGGCCGAACAACCGAUGGUCAAGGCACCUACCGAAGUACUUUCCUUCAGAGUGGUGGAGGAGGUUCCCCCGACAGACUCUAAAGCAGCAGUCGUCCAAAUCGUGGCCCCAGUGAGGAAAGAAGUAGGGGAGAGUCAAGAAAAGGUGGAACCAAAACCCUGCAAGUCUACAGAGUCUCCGCUUUCUUCCCAUGGCAAUACACUGGAGGUCAGCCAAACGGCACCCAGCUGCUCCCAGAAAGAUGAGGAAAAGAAGCCAGUGGUCUCUACUAGGGAGGAACCUAAGAAAGAGAGUCGUCACACUACAGCUACAAAUUCCAAUAUCCAGGAGAAGAAAGGCACUUGCGACAUGCCCCCAAGCAAACCAAAGACCCCAGGGGUGGGAAAAGCAGCCAUGAGGCAGGCCAGUGAAACGAGUGCCCAGGAGACACCGGGGAAGAAGACCUCUCCGCCAGAGCACAUGGAUGUCAGUGCAGAGAUCCUCAAGAGGAAAUCUUCACUCCCCCAGGAGGAGCCUCCCGUGAGCCUGGAGAAAAGGCCACGGGUUAUAGAGAACAACCAGCACCAACAGUUAUUUCAGGCCUCUCCACAGCCCUUUCCAGUCACUGGGGACAGAGCCCAGGUGCGGAAGGUUCCCCCUCUCAAGAUUCCAGUGUACAGAAUCUCCCAAAUGCCAUUUCCUGCUGGCCAGGUCUCUCCCAGGGUUCGUUUUCCAGCCUCCGUCUCCAGUCCCAACAGAACAGGAGCCAGAACCCUGGCAGACAUCAAAGCCAAAGCUCAGAUGGCCAAAGCCCAGAGAGCAGCAGCUGCUGCCGCCGCCGCCGCUGCCGCCGCCGCCGCAGCCUCUGUUGGGGGAGCCAUUCCUGGGCCCGGCCCAGGCGGUGGAGGAGAAGGUCCUGGGGGCGGGGGAGGAGGAGGAGGAGGGGGAGGAGGAGAAGGCGCACCAGCUAAAGGAGGGAGUCCAGGAUCAGGUGAACUCGGUGCAACUGGAAAUCGGGGGAGCUCACUGGAACUGGCAGGAACUGGAAGCAGGGGAGGUGCGAGAGGGCUGCUUCCCCAUUCUUCGGGGGCCCAGUCCCAGUCUGAGACCCAGGCCCUGGGAGAGGCAUCACCUCACCGUGUCUACAGAGCACAACUACAGCAAACCCCCACAGUACCACCCGGACCCGCAGUCGGCGGACCCGGCCCAGGCAUCCCAUCGGCAGCCCCCACCAGGCGAUCGUCACCGGCACUAGGGAAGCCGAACGUCGGAAGACCGGAUCCACCGGGGCUGACGGUGGGGCCGGGGUCAGGAACAGCCUCUCCCUCCAGCCACUCUCGGGCUCCUGGCAACUUCAGUCAAGAGAAAGUACCAUCCACUCCAACCCACCCAGCCCCGGCCUCUAGAGUGUCACCGGCCCAGGAUACCGCAGGCGGGAGGGCUGCCCCGCACGCGGGUCCCGGGAGUAACCUUCCCCACGCUGCGGCUGCGGCAGAAACGAGAAUCAGCCCCGCAGCGGGGGUGGCUCCGGCCCUUGUGGCAUCCCCUCUGGCCGCGGUCACUUUGGAAAUGCCUGCUGCACCGCAGGCCAGCGUUGCCACAGCUUCUACUGCAAACGCCCAGCCCCCUAGCACUUUGCCAGUAGCCUUCAGCCUUAAAGCCCCCGGAGCUCUCUUGAGUCCCAACGGCCCCACACCGAGGCCAUUCUCAAGUAUUCCCGCUAGCAAUCCCUUGGUAACUCAGCUGCUCCAAGGCAAGGAUGUCCCGAUGGAGCAGAUCCUGCCCAAGCCCCUCACCAAAGUAGAAAUGCAAACGCUUUCACUGGCUUCCUCCGAGGAAAGGGAGAGCGCAGCAGCCAGGGCCACCGGCACGGCCGGGAACAGACCGGGCGAGGAAACCCGUGAGAGGCAGACGAGUCCAGUCACGCGGGAGCUGGGCAAGACGUUCUACCAGGGCAAGCAGCUGCCCCAGGUCCAAAGGACCCUUCACUUCUUCUCAGGAAAGGACCCGAGGGACCCGAUCAUUGACCAAGCCCCAGGCCAAGAAGGACUCAACAAGGCCUCCCAAGAGCAGCUCCUUCAGACUCUCAUCAAGCGGGUUCAGAGACAAAACGUAUUCUCAGUGCUGCAGCCCACCCAGUUCAGCCUCACUCACUCAGGGUUCCAGUUAGAAGACAUUUCCACCAGGCAGAGGCUCAUGCUGGGUUUUGCCGGUAGGAGGACGUCCAAGCCCGCCAUGUCGGGCCACUACUUGCUGAAUAUAUCAACCUACGGCCGGGGCUCAGAGAGUUUCCGGAGGGCCCAUUCUGUGCACCCGGAGGACCGCUUAGGUCUGACCAGCCCCGUGGAGGCCCUCAAGGUGGAAUUCAGGGACUACGAAAGGGCAGGGGGAGACAGCAGCGGCGAGGACGACGGAGGUGCCGACGACGAGGGUACCGAGGAUGAGGACGAACCCGUCACGGUGAAGGAAGAGCCCCUGGCUCCCCGGGUCCGGGGAGAAUGCGAGAGGAGUCAGGGACUGCGGGGCAAGGAAAUCCCACCCAGCUACCGCGGUCCCGGCAACAAGAGUAUCAAGUUCGAGGCCCCCGUCACCAGGCAGACCACAGCUAGCAAGGAGAACUUUCACCUGUUCCCCAGAGGCCAGGUGUUUGACGGAAGCACCCUAGCCAGGGACUUCCUGCAAGCGGCCCAAGAGCGGAUGGCUCACGUCAUGAGGGGGAAGGUGACGUACGGCAAUUCGGAGAUCUACAGUACUCUCACCCAACCCACAGAUAGCGCCUCACACCAGCCACCGCCCCUUCCUCCCCUGCAGACCCCCAGACUUUACGGAAGCCCCUCAACCCAGCUCAUUGGGCCAAGCUACAGUGGCAUGAUCAACGUCGCCACCUCUCCUGACACGGACCACGGCUCUGCCACCUCAGGAAUGCCUGACUGUAGCCAGGUGUCUAGCAGCAUGGGGGACGUCAUGUCCUUCUCAGUGACGGUCACCACCAUUCCCGCAAGCCAGGCCAUGAACCCCGGCAGUCAUGGCCAGACCAUCCCUGGCCAGGCCUUCACGGAAGAGAACAGCACAGAGGACUCUCCUUCAAAGUGCUAUUGCAGGUUGAAAGCCAUGAUCAUGUGCAAGGGCUGUGGUGCCUUCUGCCAUGACGACUGCAUCGGCCCCUCCAAACUGUGUGUCUCCUGCCUUGUCGUCCGGUAACCGAGGCAGGCAAGGAGUGAGGAGGUCGGGGAGGUGGGGGGUGGCAAGGUUGGCUAUUUCGGUUGGCUCCGUUCCUCCUUUUGGAAUCGCCGCAGGAGGGAAACCAAGAGGGUUUUGAUUGCCUUGCACAAGAGACACAUGUUACAUAAUCAGGAAAACAGAGUAGAGUUCUUUUAAAUUUUAAAGGAAGAGCACCUUGUUGUAUAGUCUGAGUCAAGUAAGACUUUGUGAAUUGUGACAAGUUUGCACUUACGGAAUCAUGUAAAUGUCACAUUAUUUUGUUUAAAAUUAUUUUUCCAAGUGUUUAGAAAAUAAUGUAUUAACUUGUCCUCCCACUGAUGUUUGCCUGUUUGAAUCUGAGAUCUUACUGCCCUACGUGGAAGAAGUGAGCCCAAGCCCAGCUGACGUUUUGAGUCGGAAGAGGACAGGAAAAUUCAAAGGAAAGGGCCAUCCAUCCAGGAGGGCUUAGGCCUCGACCCGUUGGGAUUAGAGCAGUCUGCUCUGACCCAGCAGGGUUUGGGUUCAGACUUUUGGAAGGCAACAAAUUUUGGUCAUUUUUGCGCAAGCUCUGAUUUGGGUCUUGGUUUCUAGAACCUGGGCUGGAUCCAGGCAGCCGUGACUGGUCUUGUAAUGUGAGGCUACCUGCCAUUAUCUCACCUUCCACCUCUUACUUAACCCUGAGACAACUGUGGUUUCUCCAAAGGACAUAGGAGUUGGGUCUCAACUAUUCCCGAGGACUGGGCAUGGCAUUUACUUUAGCAAUAAUGUCUAAGCACUUAGGAUUUUGUAGGAACUAAUUUCCGGGAAAGCGGGACUUAGAGAAAAAUGAAAGCAAGCUGGUGAAGUGGACUGGGCAUCAUGGACCC